AUGCAUCUCGCUGCCUCUCUCAUCGCCUUUGGCUCCCUUGCCGCUACGGCCGCCGCCGCCGCAGCGCCAGACUUCGUCUUCCCUGACCCCGUGCUCCUCCAGAGGCGCCAGGCAGGCGACGUCUCGGACGAAAACUACAAGUGCCACGAGAACUGCGGAUACGCCAUCCAGCAGGCCAGGACCAAGAAGGACACCUACUGCAAGGACAGCGAGUGGCUCGGCUACUUCAACGGCUGCAUGAAGUGUGCCAUUGCGCAAGACAUCUGGAAGGACUAUGGCAAGAGCGUCACCGCCGCGGCCAAGGGGUGCGGCCUCGAGGCCAACCCGGACCAGCCUAGCAGCGCCGCUCCCUCCAGCGCCGCACCCACCACCUCUGCGGCUGCGACCACGCCUGCCCAGCAGACCACCGCUGUUACCUCUGCUCAGGCCACGACGGGCGCCCAGCAGCCUUCGACCCAGAGCUCGGCCGCGCCGAGCUCGACGGCUCCUGGUGCCACGCAGCCGUCCGCCACCAGCAGCGGCGUCAUCGUGCCCACGGCCUCUGGCACUGCUCCCAGCCACUCUUCCAACGGCACUGCCAGCGCGAGCCCCAGCUCCGUCACUGUGUCCGGCGGCUCGCAGACCCUGGGCUCCAGCUUCUUUGUCGCUGGCGUUGCGGCGCUCGUUGCUGCCGCUUGGUUCUAA